AUGCCUGGGACCAAUAGGCUUGAUAAACGUCGUUCCAAAUUCCGGGCUGGGCACUUAUUUAGCGCCAACCGAGUGAUUCCAAGGCGAAGGCCGGCAUACUCCCACGAUGCUCCAGAUCGGCAGUUUUAUGUUCUCAAGCGUCGGUUUGCAGCGUUUGAUACGUCUCCUAUGCCACUGCCGCUGGUUUCUUGCAAUGGUAACAGUGUAUCUUUCUUUCCCGAAGAUGGUUCAAACACGCUUAUGUCUGAUGGAACUAAUCGGGUUUCGAGUUCCGGCAACCUUCGUCGCAUUCCAAGUGCUGGAAGCAUUGAGUCGAUUGAUCAAAAUGUGGGUGAGCAUGAAUUUGGCCCUUUCCAUACGGAAUCCCAAGACUUUUGUGAUGAGGAUGAUGACCUCCAACUAACAAUCGAUUCCACUAAGCGGGGUCGCACACUCGCAACUCCCCAGCGGUCUGCAGGGACUCCAGUUGAUGUUCCUGGACGUGACCCUCACAGGUCUCAUCACGGGGGGACUUGUUACUCGCCUUUCGUUGCCACGUCGGACACUGAGGCGGUGACGCUAGGUACUGCUGGUAGCAAUAUCGUUGCUGAUCAGUCUAUCGAUGACUUGCUGACGAACCCCACGGUGCCCGCCUCACCGAGCGUCAAAUGCGACGACAGUCCUCGCUGGCUCGGAAGUGCGAGCAUCACCGAUAAAACUCGUCGCCUGGGUGGACACUCCCGGCGUCCGAGUCGCAUGAGCUCCUCAACCGUCGAUUCCAACGAAGAAACCGGCGGUUAUGUUUCCUCUAACGAACUUCACCACCACCCCCACCGUUACUCGUCGUCUCACUCGCCGGCUAGAUCUGUCAAAGACCAACAGCAAGAGUCACUCCCCAUGGCUGUUGGUGCAGGCGGGGAGGCGGAUGAGCAGAGAUAUUGUUUUUGCAAUGAUGUUAGUUAUGGUGAUAUGAUCGCCUGCGAUGCGCCGACCUGUCCAUUUGAGUGGUUUCACUACUCGUGCGUAGGACUCACAGUUGCACCAAAGGGUCAGUGGUUUUGUCCGUCCUGUGCCAAAGGCGGUGCUAUCAGCACACGGUUCGCGGGAACAUCCUCCGCAAGCAGGAAAAGGUCGAACCACCGCCGGUGA